GGGAGACAGCAGGAGGGAGCUAUGGUCGUGUGGAGACAGCGAUGUUUCUUGAUGUUUGGCUUAGUGUCUGGUGGUAGCUCAACUGGGAACCAGCCGUCCGCGUUUCGGGGCAUAGCCCCGAAGAUAUAUCGACCGAGGCAUCAUCAUCAGCCCCCAGAGCAUGUCGUUGGUGGCAUCAGGGGCGGCGGAACCUCACGGGUAGAGGAGAGCACGGCGACGGCCGGGGUAGGCAUUGUCAAAGACUCCUGUUCUCCUGGUGCCAAUACAGAUCUGCGGUCGAGAGAAGCAGAGGCGGAGCCUUCUCAGCGGGUGCUCAUCCUCGACGUUGACGGCACGCUGUACGGCCAAAGCAGCGGGGUCGAGCAGCAGAUCGUUGACGGGAUUCACAGGUACUUCGCUGGAGAGCUCGGGCUCACCCCGGAGGAGUGCAACGACAUCCACCGGAGACACGGCUCGACGGUGUGGGGUCUGCAGCAAGAGGGGCGGCUCACGCAACAUCAGGUGGAACGGUACUACCAAGAGGUGUUCUCGUCGGUCAGCGUCCGGGGCCUGAACGCCGGGGAUAGCGGCGACGGGGAUGCCACGGGCUACCAGCACCGCGCCAACGCCCGGCAGAUAGUCUGCUCGCACCGCGGACCCGUGUUCGUCGCGUCCAACUCGCCCCUUCCCCAUGUGCGCCGCGUCCUUGAGGGAGUAGGUCUCGGCAAUGUUCGCUUUGCGGGUUUUCUCACACCGGACACAAGGGGAUGGUUGACCAAGUCCUCCCCGGAGUUCUACGACCCGAUCCUGGAGCACGCUAGUGUCAAGGAAGGGGGUACGGCACGGCAAGACAUCUGGCUGCUCGACGACAGCGCUGUCAAUCUCGAGGUCAGCGACGGGCUAUCGACGGGCUAUCGUUUGGGACCGGCGCGGGGCGGGGGGGUGGAGAUAGAUGGAAGUCACGUGCUUCUUUUCAAGCACCCCAACCCCCCCUCAAUCCACCCACCUGCGCCCCUAAACUUCAUGCCCCAAUUGAUCUGUAAGAUCGCAUCUCGACUCGGGUUUGGCACGUUGCUUGUCAAUGGCGACGCUAGGAGCGGGGGGCAGGGUACUGGUGACGGCGCCCUGUCGCUGGAGCGUGCUCUGGCUUGUUUUGUCGGAGCUAUUCCGCACCCGAGAGACUGGCAGUUCUCCGAUUCGAAGUACCUCCGGAGCAAGAACGCCGUGGACAGGGUAUCCAGAAGCAAGGAAGUCUGGGCCCGGCUGGAAGAAGAGGUUCUCGCGCUGGGUCUCGCGGAGGGAGACACGCUGCGCGUGGCCGACCUCGGGUGCGGCCUGCUUCCCCUCCUGGGGGACUUCCGGUCCCUCGCCAGGGCGUGCGGGGUCCGGAGGCUAGAGUAUUGCGGGCUGGAGAAGGAGGAGAGCGUCGCCAAGGAGGCGUGUGAGGUGAGACAGGGGACAGGGGACACGGGGUACAGAAGAUCAAAAGAGCAUCGCGAAGGAGUGGUUCGAGGUGAAGAAGACACAGGGGUUCAGGGCCCUGGCCGCCUCGGCCCGGUGCGAGAAAAGAAGUGGUGCCGUGUUCGCUCCCUCUGA